AUGGAGGACCGGCCCAUCGACGGCGAGCUCACCUUCUCUUGCAACAAUCUGGUGUUUCUCGGCACCAUGAACCGGGACACAGGGCGACCGGAGAAGGGCACGUUGACAAACAAGCGCGAGGAGUGGGAGUACAGCGGGACGCUGAACGGCAGCAUGGAGUUCGACGGGGCGGGCAGGAUGCGGCACCCCGACUACGUGUACGAGGGGGGCUGGCGCGCGGGCCUCCAGGACGGGGAGGGCAAGAUGACGCGUCGCGACGGGGGGGAGUACCAGGGGGAGUGGCGGAGGGGAGUGUUCCACGGACAGGGCACGCUCACCGCACUGACGUGUCCUGCGUGGGGCGGGAUCGACUUCGAGGGCCCGUUCGAGGAGGGGGUUCCGAACGGCGUCGGUCAGUUGCGUUUGGGGGAUGGCACCAGCGGGACGUGGCUCGAGGGCAAGUGGGUACAGUCGAGCGCCGACGGGUGGAAGAGCGGGAUCGAGGGGCUGCCUGACGCGGUCGAUGCGGGCGAACGUGUCCACUUCAGCAUUGUUGCGAGAGACGACCAGGGCAACCAGCGACUGAGCGGCGGAGACAAAUACCGUGUCGUCGUGCAGCUGGGCGAGGGCGAGGACGUCGACAGCGCACAGUCGUUCGACGCGGAGGACGACGCGAACGGACGAUACAGCCUCGACUUCGUCUGCCAGAAAGCCGGUCGUCAUGACGUUCACGUGUUCCUCGUUGCCAACGACGCAGAGGACGGCGCCGAGGUCCACGAGGCCCUCGCGGGGUCGCCGUUCAUGCUCUCUGUCCAGCCGAGCGCGCCGGACCCGUCGUCCUGCCGCGUGUCGCUACGGGGCGAUGGGUCGCCCAUCGCCACAGGCGACUGCGUGCAAGUGGACGUCCUUGUCCGUGACCGCUUCGGUAACGACUGCGCCGCGGUCGACGCGCUGCAUUUCGCCCGCAAGCUGACGUGGCGGCUUCUUGACAGCAGCGGGAAGGACGUCAUGCCACAGAUCGACUUUGAUGGCACUGCGGCGCCUACAAACGCUCUGCAGAACGCCGAGGGGGACAUUCGCGUGGUCAAGAGCUGCAGGCCGCCCGGACCUGGAAUGUACCGCAUGCACGUCGCGGUCGAGGGCGGCGGCGAGCUGCGAGGUUCGCCGCUGUCCGUGCAGGUGCACGGCGACAAUCUUGCAGAUGCAGCCGGGGCGAGUUCCCAGCCGCCCCCGGUCGACGUCGCCGCGUUGUGGGCGCGCAUCGCUGCGGUGGAGCUCGCAGGCGAGACGGAGAGUCGCGACAGCAGCGACGAACGGGAGACGGCGGAAGAGGCCUACAUUCGACAGCACCCCGACGUGCCUGUGGUCGCGGACCUGCAAGACAUGUGGCUUGUGUCGCGAUACCAGGCCGAGCGCAAGCGCGCGGAGCGCCUCGCGUCGGACCGCGGGGGACAGGGUCUCUGA